AUGACAGUGGACCCUGCCAUUAAGGCGCUCUUUGGUUCGCCGCCUUCGAAUAUUAAUCUCGAUGAGACCUCCGUAGGCAAGAAUAACAGAGGGGUCAUUGCUAUGUUAUGUCUGGCUGCCCUUGCUGUGAUCACUCGCUUCAUUACUCGCAUAACAUUUCGAACCCCGAUUCUGGCUGAUGAUUAUAUCAUCAUUGUCGCUCUUGUACCACAGCGGGAAUCAGUGUUGCAGGUAAGACAAACCACGCUGAAUGCCGAGAACUCCACAAUAUUGAAACUCGUCACAGGGGGUAACUAUGGCGCUGGCCACCAUGUCUGGUCAAUCUCCUUGUCAGCUCUGGAGGAGACCUACUACCUCCUCUACAUUUAUCCUUACAUCUACGCCGGAGCAUGCACCGCAACCAGAAUCUCGAUCCUCAUCUUCUACCACCGCAUAUUUUCGCCAUUCGAUUCUUGGAUGAAGUGGUCUGUCGUGUUUGGCUGGUUUCAGACAAUAACCUAUCCAAUCUACCUCUGGAUCUGCAUGGGUUGCUUGUGUACCCCGCGGAAGUAUUUCUGGCUUCAAUUUGGUGGUACUGUGACUGGGACUUGCCUCGAUGUUGCCAAGUUCUUCAUUGCGGCAGGGAUACUGAACAUGUUAAAUGACUUUAUCCUCCUGAUGAUCCCGUUUCCUCGAAUUGCCAAGCUCCAAAUGUCGACUAAGAAAAAAUUUGCUAUCGGUGGUAUUAUGGCAGUCGGGUUCUUCGCCUGCAUCGCGAGUAUCAUCCGAAUUUGGGUUCUCUGGAAAUACACCAUAACUACCGAUGUGACUUGGGCUAUGGGACCCCUUUUCAUUUGGUCGACCGUCGAGCCGGGCGUCGCCAUUAUCACCGCCUGUUUGCCUCACCUUGCACCGCUUUUCAAGCUGGCAACUCGGAAAAUGACAUCCUACAAUUCAGAGAAUACCGGAGCCGGGCGAGCGUCUGGAAAAGCACAGAGGCUGGGUAGCGGCUCUGGAAGGCAGAAAAGAUCUGGCGAUCGUGAACCCAAUUUUGAUUACGGCCUGACCAGCCUGGGGACACAAGCUUAUGACGACGAAGUUGGGUUGACUAACUACGUUGGUUCUCCUUCAAAUGAAGGGAUGAAUUCUUCAAUUGCUUCGGAAGUGGACGAUUACAAACGUUGUCACUCAAUUUCCGUCAAGUCUACUUUUGUACAGACUAGUACUACGAGACCUCCUUCGUAG